AUGAACUNUGAACUGCUAAUUCAAACCUUGGUCGAUCUGUUCGUAUGGCGGGAACCUUCGGAACGAGUGACCGAUGCAGCAAACGAUCCGAUUGUCAAUAAACACUUGUCUACGGACGAGGAGGAGGAGGAGCACAGUUCACAUUUCGGUUUGUUUGAUCAUCGCCCAACCGAGGACAUGGCAAGUGUCCAUCUUGCACGACUGACAACCGAGCAACUUGUUCAGAUUGUCCAGUGUUUGGAGCAGAGAUACACGUUAUGCUUAGAUGUUUAUCAGCAUGCAGAUGUUCAUCAACAUCUUUGUACAUUUCUCCGGUCUGAAUUCAAGUCGAAUCUCAUGGAUCAUAUGGCAAACACAAUGAUUAUUGCAUUGCGCAUUUUGGCCUAUCUCAUUCUGGAUCACCAGGUGGCUAUGCAGUCUGUCUGUACCACUCAAAACCCAUCUUUUACUCGUUCCGGUUCUGACCUCGAGCGAAUCUCGUUUGACGCAUUUCUGGACCGCACCAAAUUCCCACCACAUCCUUCCACGAACCGGUCCAGCUCAGAAGAAUCGGGUCAAAUGGACUGGUCGAUUCUGGGUGAUUUGUUCGCGCGCUGGUUCGACCGAUUGAUUUUGGGUGCUAUCAUAAAUGAGCCGGUAGACAACAAAACAACAACACCUACGGAUCCGGUUCUACCUCUCAACGCUCCCGAGAAUGAUGUGCACGAAACAGAACAUUCGUCCAUUACCGGUGGAUUAAAGGACGAUGCUCGUACCGGUCACAGUCACUGCAGUUUUGAUAAAACCUUAUUCGGCUUUUUACACUGGCUAGAUUGCCUGAUCCAACAUUUCUACCCGAGUUCCUCCACGCAUGCAACACAGUCACCACAAACACAUAUUCCACCCACCGAUCACAUACAGCUCGACAUGUGGUGCGGUCAGGCACUAAUCCCUGUCAAACAUCUUCUGGUAUCAAACACACUUGCACAAUUCUUACACACCAGGCAUUUGAUGGAACACUAUCCAGUAAGAAACUAUGUAACGGAAUUCCUCGAGCAUGGUAUCGUCAUUCCCGCCCGUGUGCGUCUCAUCCCGACAGUCGAUUGUGGUUUAAUUUCCAACGAUGUCUGA